GCGGGGACACCAACACGGCCUACCCAGCGGUGGCGUCUCGGGGACGCCCGCCUUCGCUCCUCUCGGGUCCUCUCGGGCACACGCAGGUUUAGGGUGCACUGCCUCUGACCGGUCUCCCGAGGAACCCCAGUUGGCACCCUGGGCCUGACUGCACAAAGCUGGCGUCCUGGAGCUCCGCCCCACGUCCCUGUCCCCUCCCCCGCUCUCCCGGUCCCCCCUUCUCGCCCCCGAUCUGUCCGCGCUGCGCUUCCAGCCUCACCCGGGACCCCGGCACCCGGGUGGGGCUGCGGAGGAGUUACUGCUGGCCGGUGGCCAAGUUCGCAGAGCGGCGCUGUCUCGCUGGUGUUUUGCGUGGACUACAUCCCUCGCCUUUGUUCGCGUUCUUCGAGCUCCACUUUCUCAGGGUUCAAAUGGAAGGGCUGCACUUCCUCGGUGACAAUUAAGGGGUUUUGAGUUGGAAGUAGGUGAUAUUGGCAAUUAUUAUUAUGGCCAGGGUCAUCCCAUGAAGCCUCAUAGAAUCCGGAUGACUCAUAACUUGCUGCUAAAUUAUGGUUUAUACCGAAAAAUGGAAAUAUAUAGGCCUCAUAAAGCCACUGCUGAAGAAAUGACUAAAUACCACAGCGAUGAGUAUAUCAAGUUUCUACGAUCAAUAAGACCAGAUAAUAUGUCUGAGUACAGUAAGCAGAUGCAGAGAUUUAACGUCGGAGAAGAUUGUCCGGUGUUUGAUGGACUCUUUGAGUUUUGUCAGCUCUCCACGGGUGGUUCAGUUGCUGGGGCUGUGAAAUUAAACCGGCAACAAACUGAUAUGGCUGUCAAUUGGGCUGGAGGACUACAUCAUGCCAAGAAGUCAGAAGCAUCAGGGUUCUGCUAUGUUAAUGAUAUUGUGCUUGCCAUCCUCGAAUUACUUAAGUAUCAUCAGAGAGUCUUAUAUAUUGACAUAGACAUCCACCAUGGUGAUGGUGUUGAGGAAGCUUUUUAUACAACAGAUCGCGUGAUGACCGUCUCAUUCCAUAAAUAUGGGGAAUACUUUCCUGGAACAGGAGACUUGAGGGAUAUUGGUGCUGGAAAGGGAAAAUACUAUGCUGUCAAUUUUCCCAUGAGAGAUGGUAUAGAUGAUGAAUCAUAUGGACAAAUUUUUAAGCCUAUCAUCUCAAAAGUGAUGGAGAUGUACCAGCCUAGCGCGGUGGUGCUGCAGUGUGGCGCAGACUCCCUGUCUGGGGACAGGCUUGGUUGUUUCAAUCUAACUGUCAAAGGUCAUGCUAAAUGUGUAGAAGUAGUGAAAACUUUUAACUUGCCAUUGCUGAUGCUCGGUGGAGGAGGCUACACAAUCCGGAAUGUUGCCCGAUGUUGGACAUAUGAGACUGCAGUUGCCCUUGAUUGUGAAAUUCCCAAUGAGUUGCCAUAUAAUGAUUACUUUGAGUAUUUUGGACCAGACUUCAAACUGCAUAUUAGUCCUUCAAACAUGACAAACCAGAACACUCCAGAAUAUAUGGAAAAGAUAAAACAGCGUUUAUUUGAAAAUCUACGUAUGUUACCACAUGCACCUGGUGUUCAAAUGCAAGCUAUUCCAGAGGAUGCUGUUCAUGAAGACAGUGGAGAUGAGGAUGGAGAAGACCCGGACAAAAGAAUUUCCAUUCGAGCAUCAGACAAACGGAUAGCUUGCGAUGAAGAGUUUUCAGAUUCUGAGGAUGAAGGUGAAGGAGGUCGUAGGAAUGUUGCUGAUCAUAAGAAAGGAGCAAAGAAGGCUAGGAUUGAAGAAGACAAGAAGGAGACAGAGGACAAGAAGACAGAUGUUAAGGAAGAAGACAAAUCCAAGGACAAUAGUGGUGAGAAAACAGACCCCAAAGGAGCCAAGUCAGAACAACUCAGCAACCCUUGAAUUUGACUCUCCAACUUUAGGAACCUCGAAAAGUGAGACGAUUCUGGGAUAAGAAACCUUCCCUGUUUGAGGACAUUGGCUUCAUUUUAUACUGUUUUGGCAUGGACUGUAUUUAUUUUCAAAAUGGCUUGUUUUUGUUUUUCUUGGCAAGUUUUAUUGUGAGUUUUUCUAAUUAUGAAGCAAAUUUUUUUUUCCACCAUGCUUUAUGUGAUUGUAUUUAAAUUGAUGUGUUAUUAUGUCAAAAGCCGGAUCUAUUAAAGAAACAAUUGGCCUUUCUGAGCUGAUUUUUCCAUCUUUUGUAAUUAUCUUUAUUAAAAAAUUGUACUUGGA